UUUACCAUACAUUGGCGAUGGCGAGUUGUAACGAAAUUAUCAUAACACAGACGAGUUAACCCCCGAUCGGCUGUUGGAACUUUAAGUUGUUGAAAUUAAUUAGUUUAGUUUAGGCCAAAGAGUAGCUAAUUAUAUAUUUUGUAAUCAUGAGUGCGAAAGUGGUGCAUAAAAUUGUUACAUUCCUCGGCUUCGUUUCGAUUUUACACGCAACCUACUCUGCAGUACAACAUCGUUCAUAUGUGAGGAUAACAGAACAGGAGUUCACAACAUUACCAAUUGAUAUAAUCAUACAAACAAUACUAAGUUUGUUUGCUGUCAUGUAUGGUGUGCUGCACAUAGCUGGUGAUUUUAAAGAAAUAAGAGCUGUUGUAGAUCUUGAAAACAAGUCAUGGGAGACACUUCGUAAUCUACCUUCGUUUCAAAUAUUUAAUCACAGGGGCAAGGCUCUGUCAGUUGAAUAUUCAUCAGUAGAAAGUGACAGGAGGGAUAGACAAGAAAGACAUUAAUGUCAAAUUCCUUUUUGUGAUGAUUCAUUCAGAUGAAAUUUAGAAAAUUGUUAUUGAUCAAUUUAAUGGAUAAUGAUUGCUCAAUGUGAGAAAAGAUUGUACUUUUAUCACUUUGUGAAUUGGAAAAGUGCAAUGUCAAACUCUAUGU